AUGAAUUACGAAUACAUUGCUGCUCAUAUCAGCGAUUAUAUUCAAAAUGAAAACUUCUUUGAUACAUUUAACAAAGAAGAUAUUAAACAAAUCAUGAAAUAUUCAACUUUAACAGCAAAUCAAUACGUUACUCUUCUCAAACAAUCAUCUACAACUAUCAAGGCCAAAGAAUUAUAUGUAUGUACACGAAAUGCAAAUGUUACUAUCCAAAACAUGGAGGAAGUCGUUUCUACUCUGAAAUCUGUCAAAAAAUACAUGAAAUUCAAUAUAUUCGAUGGUAUCAUUGAUAUUUUGGAUCAAAAAGAGCAAGAAAUACCUCUUUCUACAGAAGGAAUUCAAAAUCCAAGACAAAAUGCUGCCAAAGAAACAAAUGUCAAUCAAACUAAUGGAAAUAUCAAUGACUCUAGAGAGAUUUUUACUAAAAUCGCAGAACUUAAGAAAUCUAGUGAUUUUGAACGUGUUUACAACUUCUUUAAGGAACUUUCUGCUCAAGGAAAUCAGGAAAUGAUUCAAAAAGCAUGUGAAGAAGGACUUUUGGAAAAGAAGAUAAUGUGUGGUAAUAAUGUGCUUCAUAUAGCAUGUGAAAGAGGAAAUCUCAGACUUGUCAAAUCACUCAUUGAAUGUAAGUGUGAUAAAGAAGUAAAGAAUGAUGAUGGAUGUACUCCACUCAUUUGUGCAUCACUGCAUGGUUGUAUUGAAGUUGUUCAAUAUCUUAUCUCAGUUGGAGCUAAUAAAGAAGCAAGGGAUAAUAAUGGCGGAUGGACUCCACUCAUUUCUGCAUCAGCUAAUGGUCAACUUGAAGUUGUUCAAUAUCUUAUCUCUGUUGGAGCUAAUAAAGAAGCAAAGGAUAAUGGUGGAUGUACUCCCCUCAUUUGGUCAUCAGCUAAUGAUCAACUUGAAACUGUUCAUUAUCUUAUCUCUGUUGGAGCUGAUAAAGAAGCAAAGGAUAAUGAUGGAAAGACUCCACUCAUUUGGGCAUCAUAUUUUGGUUAUCUUGAAAUUGUUCAAUAUCUUAUCUCUAUUGGAGCUAAUAAAGAAGCAAAGUCUAAUGAUGGAUAUACUCCACUCAUUUGGGCUUCACAACGAGGUUAUCUUGAAGUUGUUCAAUAUCUUAUCUCAGUUGGAGCUAAUAAAGAAGUAAAGUCUAAUAAUGGAUGUACUCCACUCAUUUAUGCAUCAGCUAAUGGUUUUCUUGAAGUUGUUCAAUAUCUUAUCUCAGUUGGAGCUAAUAAAGAAGUAAAGAUUAAAGAAUGA